AUGCUAGUGGGUGUUGCCGGACGACAUGCAUCAUCACGACGACGUGGAAGCAGUCCAAUGGUACGGCCCUUAUCCGAAUUAUUACCAUCGGGUUCCGAUGGAGCUGGUGGGCCUGGUGGAUCUGGUAUGGGACCAACAAAUAUGCGAUAUGCCAGACGACGUCGUGCUGUUACAACAUCCGAUUUCAAAUCAUGUGCACUGGUUCAAACAAGACUCAAACUUGGCGAUAUUAUGUACGCAGCAGCGCAAGAGGCAGCGGCGCAGGCGCAGGCGGGGGCAGGCGCCGCAGCAGCUGAUAGAAUGGGAGUCCCGAGCAGUGGUGGCACCGCGACAGCGGGGGGGCAGGGGCCCACUUCGCUGUUCCUGCUCUCCGACGAAAACCCCAUCCGCAGAUAUACGCGCUUUAUCAUCGAGUGGCCUCCGUUCGAGUAUGCGGUGCUGCUGACAAUCAUAGCCAACUGUGUGGUGCUAGCACUUGAGGAGCAUUUGCCACACCAAGACAAGACCAUUCUAGCACAAAAAUUAGAAAAAACCGAAGCUUACUUUUUAGGAAUAUUCUGCGUGGAAGCGUCGUUAAAGAUUUUAGCAUUAGGCUUUGUUUUACAUAGAGGAUCGUAUCUUAGAAAUAUUUGGAACAUAAUGGAUUUCUUUGUAGUAGUUACAGGGUUCAUCACGCAGUUCCCUACUCAUAGUUCAAAUGACAAUAGUGAAAAUGAGAUGGACCUACGCACACUCAGAGCGAUCAGAGUGCUCAGACCCCUCAAGCUAGUCUCUGGUAUUCCUAGUUUGCAGGUUGUGUUGAAGUCCAUUAUCAAGGCAAUGGCACCAUUAUUGCAAAUCGGAUUGUUGGUGCUGUUUGCUAUCGUUAUAUUCGCUAUUAUUGGUCUUGAGUUUUACUCAGGCGCCUUACAUAAAACUUGUUAUAGCUUAGAAGAUAUAAGGGAAAUCGUAAAAGAAGGUGAUCAAACAACACCGUGCUGGGGGGAAAACACCACAGAGUCACCACCUGGCUCAUAUUCGUGCAACUUUUCGGUAUCAACAUGUUUGGAAAAUUGGGAUGGGCCAAAUUUUGGAAUAACAUCAUUUGAUAACAUCGGAUUUGCAAUGUUAACCGUCUUCCAGUGCAUUACAAUGGAAGGGUGGACUGCCAUACUCUAUUGGACAAACGACGCUCUUGGAAGUACAUUUAAUUGGAUAUACUUCGUACCAUUAAUUGUUUUGGGAUCAUUUUUUAUGCUUAAUCUGGUUCUUGGUGUCCUCAGUGGUGAGUUUGCUAAAGAACGAGAAAAAGUAGAGAAUCGACAAACAUUUUUGAAAUUGCGUCGCCAACAGCAGCUAGAAAGAGAACUUAAUGGUUAUGUAGAGUGGAUUUGUAAAGCUGAGGAAGUGAUAUUAGCCGAAGAGCGUACAACAGAGGAGGAAAAAAUGCAUAUUAUUGAAGCAAGACGAAGGGCAGCCGCGAAACGAAAGAAAUUGAAAAACUUAGGGAAAAGUAAAAGUACUGACACAGAAGAAGAGGAACAAGAGGAAGAUGGUUUAGGAGAUGAUGGUUUAGCGUCAUACUUAAAGUCUCGUGUAAAAAGUAAAGGUGCCUGUGCAGACUUUUGGCGAGCUGAAAAACGAUUUCGUUUUUGGAUUCGGCAUACAGUGAAAACACAAUGGUUUUAUUGGUUUGUCAUUGUUCUGGUAUUUUUUAACACAGUCUGUGUUGCGGUAGAACAUUAUGAUCAACCAAAGUAUUUAUCAGAUUUUUUAUUUUAUGCCGAAUUUGCGUUCCUUGGUUUGUUUAUGAUGGAAAUGUUCAUAAAAUUGUAUGCACUUGGACCACGCAUUUAUUUUGAAUCGUCAUUUAAUCGAUUCGAUUGUGUUGUAAUAUCUGGUUCAAUAUUUGAAGUAAUAUGGUCCGCUGUAAAAGGUGGCUCAUUUGGUCUAUCUGUGCUGAGAGCAUUAAGACUUUUACGAAUAUUUAAAGUGACUAAAUAUUGGUCGUCACUUAGAAAUCUUGUAAUUUCAUUAUUGAAUUCAAUGCGCUCAAUUAUCUCAUUACUUUUUCUACUCUUCUUGUUUAUUCUAAUAUUUGCAUUACUUGGUAUGCAAUUAUUUGGUGGGCAAUUUAAUACACCCGAAGGUACGCCACCGACGAAUUUCGAUACAUUUCCAAUUGCAUUGCUUACUGUUUUUCAAAUAUUAACUGGUGAAGAUUGGAAUGAAGUAAUGUAUCAAGGAAUUGAAUCACAGGGUGGACAUAAGGACGGUGGAAUGAUUUAUUCAUUAUAUUUUAUUGUUCUUAUGUUAUUUGGCAACUACACGUUGUUAAAUGUAUUCUUGGCUAUCGCUGUCGAUAAUUUGGCGAAUGCACAAGAAUUAACUGCCGCCGAAGAGGAACAAGUUGAAGAGGAUAAAGAGAAACAAUUACAAGAAUUAGAGAAAGAAAUGGAAGCAUUACAAAUGGAAGGUUCGCCACCUCGUGUUGAAGUAUGUCCACCAUCCCCAGUACGAAAACGUAGGAAAAAGGAUGAGAAAAAAGAGGAGGAAGAAGAAAUUACGGGACCUAAACCAAUGUUGCCAUAUACAAGCAUGUUCAUAUUGUCAUCCACAAAUCCUAUUCGAAGAACAGCACAUUGGAUUGUGAAUUUAAAAUAUUUUGAUUUUUUUAUAAUGGUAGUAAUCAGUUUGAGUUCAAUUGCCCUCGCCGCUGAGGAUCCAGUUGAAGAAAAUUCAAAACGUAAUGUAAUCCUCAACUACUUCGAUUAUGCGUUCACAGGUGUCUUCACAGUAGAAAUGAUAUUAAAAAUAUUAGAUCUGGGUAUUAUUUUACAUCCCGGUUCAUAUUUACGUGAAUUUUGGAAUAUAAUGGAUGCAGUUGUCGUUAUAUGUGCAGCUGUAUCGAUUGGAUUCGAUAUAAUGGGUCCAGGGUACAGUAAAGCUGGACAAAAUUUAUCAACGAUAAAAUCAUUACGAGUGUUAAGAGUGCUUAGACCAUUAAAAACAAUAAAACGUGUACCCAAAUUAAAAGCAGUGUUUGACUGUGUUGUGAACUCUUUAAAAAAUGUGAUAAACAUUCUUAUAGUGUAUAUACUUUUUCAAUUUAUUUUUGCCGUCAUUGCUGUGCAAUUGUUUAACGGCAAAUUCUUCUUUUGUACUGAUUUAAGUAAACAAACUAAACUUGAAUGUCAGGGACAAUACUUUGUUUUUGACACAGAUAGCCUGUUACCAAGAGCGGAGGCUCGGAUAUGGGAUAAGAGAUGCUUUCACUAUGAUAAUGUGAUGGCGGCUAUGCUCACUUUAUUUGCUGUACAAACAGGAGAAGGAUGGCCUCAAGUACUGCAAAAUUCAAUGGCUGCAACGUAUGAAAACAGAGGUCCCAUCCAAAAUUUUAGGAUAGAAAUGUCCAUAUUCUAUAUUGUUUACUUUGUAGUGUUCCCAUUCUUCUUUGUAAACAUCUUCGUGGCCUUGAUUAUUAUUACAUUCCAAGAGCAGGGUGAAGCUGAACUUCAAGAUGGUGAAAUCGAUAAAAAUCAGAAAUCUUGUAUUGAUUUUACGAUACAAGCACGACCUUUAGAAAGGUAUAUGCCUAAUAAACGCAACAGUUUCAAAUAUAAAAUUUGGAGGAUAGUGGUAUCAACACCUUUUGAAUACUUUAUAAUGAUGUUAAUUGUAUUCAAUACACUUCUUCUUAUGAUGAAGUACCACAAGCAAAGUCAAACGUACAAGCACUCACUGCAUUACCUCAACAUGGGUUUCACCGGCAUGUUCACCGUCGAAUGCAUCAUGAAGAUCAUUGCGUUCGGAGUUAAGAAUUUUUUCAAAGAUCCCUGGAAUACAUUUGAUUUUAUUACCGUUAUUGGAAGUAUUGUGGAUGCUAUGGUUAUAGAAUUUGGGGAAAAUUUCAUAAAUGUUGGAUUCUUAAGACUGUUUCGAGCAGCACGUCUUAUCAAGUUAUUACGUCAAGGAUAUACAAUUAGGAUACUUUUAUGGACAUUUGUGCAAAGUUUUAAAGCUCUGCCGUAUGUCUGUUUGCUCAUAGCAAUGCUAUUUUUUAUUUAUGCCAUUAUUGGUAUGCAGGUUUUUGGCAACAUUGACCUCGCACCCGAUACGUCCAUUAACAGGCACAACAACUUCCGUUCCUUCGUUCAGGGUCUCAUGUUACUCUUCAGGUGUGCGACUGGAGAAAAUUGGCCGAGUAUAAUGUUAUCGUGUGUAAAAGGACGAGACUGUGAUGCGCGUGCCCAUAAACUAGAAGGAGAAAAAUGUGGUUCAAAUUUAGCCUAUGCUUAUUUUGUAUCUUUUAUAUUUUUCUGUUCGUUUUUGAUGUUAAAUUUAUUCGUUGCUGUUAUCAUGGAUAAUUUUGAUUAUUUAACACGAGAUUCCUCAAUAUUGGGCGCUCAUCAUUUAGAUGAAUUCGUGCGGAUAUGGGCUGAAUAUGAUCCAAAUGCAACGGGAAAAAUCCAUUAUACAGAAAUGUAUGACAUGCUGAAAAAUAUGGAUCCACCAUUGGGCUUUGGUAAUAAAUGUCCGAAUCGACUUGCGUACAAGAAAUUAAUUCGUAUGAAUAUGCCAGUUGACCAAGAUGGUAAAGUGAAUUUUACAACAACAUUAUUUGCAUUAAUUCGCGAAAAUUUAAGUAUAAAAAUGAGGCCGGCUGAUGAAAUGGACGUAGCGGAUGAUGAAUUACGUGGUACAAUCAAAGCAAUUUGGCCAUUGCAAGCAAAAAAUAUGAGUGAUUUAUUAAUUCCACAAUCAACGGAAUUAAAUAAUGGUAAAUUGACAGUUGGCAAAAUUUAUGCUGGUUUGUUGAUUUUGGAAAGUUGGCGAUCGACACGCUUCGGUCAAAUUGAACCUGCUGGUCUUCCGGUUAUGGAAUUGCAAGAUGUAAUGGCUGUUUCUCGACAUCCGUCAAUAGAUAGUUUAGAUCAGCAACAUUUACAUCCGGUUGGAUAUUCUAAUUCACAUAGAAGGUCUCCAAGUUUAAGAAGAGGCCAUUCACCAUCAUUACAACGAAGUCCAUCACCUAGACGACGCCAUCCACAUCAUUUGCACCACGAUAUAGGAUUUUCAGAUACUGUAUCAAACGUUGUAGAAAUAGUUAAACACGAACAUCAUCGUCAAUAUUCACAGCGAAGACGAAUUCGUGGCUCCUGGUCAGCGUCUACAAGUCCAGCAAGGUCUCCAUCACCUACAGGUCGUCAUUCACAAGCGCCACUUAGGUCAAGACGUCAACCCGGUUAUGGUACCACAAGUCUUUGUCAAAGGUCCCGUUCUCCUAGUCCCACGUUGCCUUCCCAACAUACAGCUAUUGGAGCAUUAUGUUCGGCUGUAGCUGGUAUGAACUCAUCAAGUCCACAUUCUGGUGGACCAUUAGGUUGUGGUGUGCUUGGUGCUGUACCAAUGACACCAGGUGAAAUACCAUCUCGUGGUGGUGCUGUACAGCAUAGCCAUCCUGUACUUGUAGGUAGACGUGGUCAAGGCAGAAGACUCCCUCCAACUCCUUGUAAGCCUUCAACUCUUCAGCUACGACCACAACCAAUUAAUUUUCCUAAGUUAAAUGCCUCACCCACACAUAUGCAAGUACACACCACCCACAAUACGCCACAUGGCCACCAACAUAAUUUAACAUUUGGUCGGGAUCAUGUACGUGGUGGCGACAGUAUAUCAUUACCGCAUCAUGCAUCCAGAGAAAUACUUAGGGAUACAACACAAACACCACGUGAGAUACAUCGCGAUAUUGUGUCACACGGUGGUGCACCACUUAGUUUUGAACAAGCUGUAGCAAUGGGACGAGGUGGACGAAUGCUACCGAGUCCAGUACCAAAUGGUUACAAACCAAAGCCCACAACUCGAUCAAGACAUAGCGAUUCGGAUGAUGACGAUUGGUGCUAACAAACGUGGAACAGUUUGUCUCUGUGUUAAUAAUAUUUAAAAAAAUAAAUAAUUAAUUAAAAUAUCCAA